ACUUUUAUCUUGAAAUCGAUUCGGCUUGACUUCCGGUUGUGCUUCUGCUGUAGCAGUUCCAUGCUAGGCAGGGAAGCAGAGGCUUUACUCCUGCUAUAUUAUGUCAUGUAUUGUGUUUCCGGAGCUGGGAGAUGAAACAGCGACUGUUUAUUUAUUAUGUUGUCAACUUUAAAACUCCCUCAGAAGCCUCCAGACUGCACGGCAUCGUACUUCACAUGCAGUAGCGUUCACGUUUCACCACGGAGAAACCAACACAGGACCAAUCAUCUUCGGAUAAGAAUAUUUCGAGGAUCUUUCCUGACCCAGCAAAAUGCCAUCCAGGAACCAUCUUGACAAAGUCGGCCGGAGGAAAAAGAAGAAAUGGACGGAGGAGGCCAUGGAGCGCGCGCUGACCGAGGUGAAGUCCGGCCGGCGCACGGUGAGGCAGGCCGCCAAGGAGUUCGCCGUCCCCAAGUCCUCGCUCGGCGACCGGGUGAGCGGCCGGGUGGCGCCGGGGAGCCGCAGCGGGCCGGCCCGCCUCAUCACCUCCGCCGACGAGAAGCUGCUGGUGGAGUUCUCGCUGUACGUGUCCGAGCACGGGUUCCCGCUCACCAAGCAGCAGGUGGUGUCCUUCGCGUCGUCGCUCUACAAGCGCCAGCACCGGAGGGUGGCGUUCUCCAAGCUGGGCCAGACGUGGUGGCUCAACUUCAGGAGGCGGCAGGAGAAGAACAUCGCCAUCCAGCCCGCGGACGGCGCGGCGCGCGGCAGGACGGCGUGCGUCAGGAAGGAGGCGCUGGAUCAGUUCUUCCGUCUGCUGAGCACGGUCGUGGACGCGCACGGGCUCGGCAACUCGCCGGGCCGGAUCUACAGCUGCAGCGAGACGGGCUACCAGCUGGGCCGCAGGAAGGCCGGCCUCUCCGCCGCCGCCGCCGGUCCCGGACACAAGCCGGCGGCGGCGGCGGGCUGCAGGGACCACGUCUCCGUGCUGGCCUGCUUCAACGCAGCCGGAGAGGACAUCCCCCCGUUCAUCGUCUACUCCAAAGCGUACCCGGGGGGCGUGUGCUACAAGACGCGGGGCCCGCCCAACGCCCUCUACGGGUGGUCGGACUCCGGCUGCGUCAGCUCGGAGCUCUUCAAGAAGUGGUUCCUCAAACACUUCCUGGUGCACGCCCCAAAGGAGCGGCCCCUGCUGCUGAUCUUCGACGGCCACAAGGCGCCCGUGAGCCUCGAGGUGGUGGAGUCGGCGCGCGAGGGCGCCGUCGUCCUGCUGUGCCUGCCGCCGCACUGCUCGCACGUCCUGCAGCCGCUCGACGCCGGCCUCUCCGCCGCCCUGAAGCGGCGCUUCGCGGCGCUCGCCGGGGACGGCCGCGCCGCCGACGGCCACUUCGCCGUCAGCAAGAAGGAGUUCUCGGGGCUGCUGAGCAGAGCGUACCAGGCGGCGAGGGAGGAGGAGGGCGUCCGGAUGGUGAAGGAAGGUUUUAGGAAAUGUGGCAUUUUCCCGCCCAACCACUACGCGCUUAACGAGGCUCAUUUAACAAUCCCCCCGCACGGCGCCGGCCCCGCCUCCUCGUUAGAGCCGGCACAAGGCUUGCUCUCCGUAGCGCAGCUGGCAGCGGCCGGACCCUCCUCCUAGCUCGUUACCAAUUCGUCAGGCCGUCUGUACCUUUCGGGGUGAUGGUGGGGGUCGGCUCUCCGGGGGAAUCCGUGGCCGCUCGCAUAAUUCCACCAAACCCAAUCAACUCAGACUCGUCCCGCUUAUUAAGAUGCUGAAUGGGUCUGCAGCACUGUCGAGGUGUCGCGCAGCAACCCCACCCCCCCACCCCCUCCCCUCCUCGCUUCCCUGCAGGACGCUCAGUUUAUCCGCCGGCCACAAGAAGGGGACGUGUUGAUGUAAGGUCUGAUAAUAAUGUCUGAUCACACACUAAAAAGAAAUCCCUAUUUUAGUUUGAGUACAUUUAUUGAAGUAAAAGAUGGAUUGUGUUCCACAAGCCGACUAGCGUGCAACAAUUGUUUGGCCCUCCAGCAAUCAUCCUGAAUGGGAAUGUUUUGUUUUUGUCACGUGUUUUCAUUUAGGUUGAGCAGGGGGCCAUGGGGCGUGAUACAGCGACUCUUCAAAACCGGAAAGACAGGAGAGCAUGCCAUCUAAGUACGGCAGCGGUGUGUUGAUCUUUAUGAGUCACGGUUGUCUUGACCACUAGUGAUUAGUAGGGCUGGACGAUAUAGAGAGAAAAAAAACAGCAUAUCGAUAAAAUAGAAAUCAUAUUGAUCGAUAUUGAUAA